GGCCGUGACGUCACUCGGUCGGCUCCUGGGGAAGGACUAGUGCGCAACGGCAGCGCCAAAUUCAAAAUGCUUCGCCGUGGAGAUCGGUACCGGGCCACCGUGUCCAAGUGCUCGGCGCUGGACAUGGAGAUCAAAAGGAAGAAGAUCCGGGAGAGCGCCGUCUUCCCCUCCCAGGAAGAGGGCUGUAUCCAGGAGAAGCUCGGCUUUGAAUGUCGUAUGCGAGAGGGCAUAUGCAAGCUGCUGUCAGUCAGCACCCAGAAGGAUCAGAUCCUAAAUGCUGUGAAAAAUCUCAUGACCUGCAAUGCCCGGAUCCAGGUUUAUACCGCGCAGCUUCAUUCCCCACUGGAGGCAAGGAACGCUAUGGUCUCAGGCAGAAGGUUGUCAGAUGCUGGACUGAAGGAACGCUUGGCCUGUCCUGGAAAGCUGUCUAUAACAGGUUUAAGAAUUCCCCUGAUGUGGAAGGAUACAGAACAUUUUGGCAGCAGAGAAAAAUCGGAUCGCUAUGCAGUAUUCUGCAUGUUGAGACUUGGCCAGGAAAUAUUUGAUACAGAUAUGGUUAUCGUGGAUAAGACAAUGACCGAUAUUUGUUUCGAGAACGCUAUUAUAUUCACUGAAGCAAGGCCAGACUUUCAAUUAAAGCUGGAAGUAUAUAGCUGCAGCAUGGAAGAAUCGUCUGUAGCAAACACUCCCAAGAAACUCGCACGGAGGCUUAGAAACUCAAUUGGGAAAUCUACAGGGAAGAAAUUUAAUUCAGAACUUGAAGAAUCUGAGCCAGAAGCUCUUUUUUCCUCCAAUCCUCACAUGCCGGGAGCAAAAUACAGGCUUUUGGCUCAUAUUACAUUCACGCUGGAUAGUGUGGAAGAUGGCUUCAGAACCCAUACCCUUACUAUCACAGGACAUGAGGAUUCCUCUUUCUGGCUUCCAUUGUAUGGGAAUGUAUGCUGCCAUUUGAUUGCACAGCCCACGUGUGUAACUGAUGAAGUUGUUAGUGGUUUCUUUAACCAGCAGGAAAUGGUUGGUGGCGUUCGUAGUUGGAACAGACUGUACUGUGUGCUGAAAGGUGGGAACUUGCAUUGCUACUAUUCACCGGAAGAAAUAGAAGCUAAAAUCGAGCCGACUAUGACCAUUCCUAUUACCAAGGAAACAAGAAUCCGUGCCGUGGAGAAAGACUCCAAGAAAAGAACCAACAGUUUUACUGUUAUCAACCUGGUGUCUGGAGAAGCUGUAACAAAAAUAUUUUCCGCUGACAGCAGAGAAGAACUGCAGAAAUGGAUGGAAGCCUUCUGGCAGCAUUUUUACAACCUCAGUCAGUGGAAGCAUUGUGCAGAAAAACUUAUGAAAAUCGAGAUUAUGUCACCACGGAAACCACCAUUGUUUCUAACAAAAGAGGCGACGUCAGUGUACCAUGAUAUGAGUAUUGGUUCUCCUGUGCAGCUUGAAAGCCUAACGGAUAUUCUGCACAGGAAAAUUGAAGAGACAGAUGGCCAGUUUCUCAUUGGUCAGGAAGACUCUGUUCUACCUCCAUGGUCUGCCUUAUUUGAUGGAAAUCAUGAACUUCAUAUAGAAAAGAACACCCUUUCUCCAAAAAAUAACGAAUCAAACCCUUUGGACAGCAAAGGAAAGAAAAGAAGAGCCCCGCCUCCACCUCCCAACAAGACCCCAUAUAGUACAGUUCAGAAGGUCCUGGACCCUACAGAAAAGGAGAAUAUCUGGCCGCGAUCUCGCAAGUCUCUUGAUGCCAAAUUGUCAUCUAUCAUGCAACAGUUCCAGAAGCCAACCAUCCCUCCUAGAAAGGCCAUGUUCCCUGAGGGCAAUGACCAGACUGAAAGAGAUGCUGAGGAGCUUCCAUCAAAACCAGUUCCAGCUCCAAGACAAAAGUCCAUGAAAGAUAGACUGGUCCCAAAGUCAUGGUUACAGUCUCAAGAAUGAAUGCAUUUUUGGUGUAAGUGUAUUGUAAACUGGAAGAAAAUAAUUCACAUACAAAUUAACUGUAAUUUACUGCGAAGAACCUGUUAAAAAGAAAAUAUUUUUUUUCUUUGUCCCUGAGAGCAGUUGCACAGCGUAAUUGGCUUAUUAUUUUAAUCACAAGCCUAUCCUCGUGUUAUUUUAUUUUUUUAUUUUUUUUGUGUUCAGAUUAUGUAUAAGAAUUUUUCGCAUACCCUGAAAGAAAACCAGGCUCUUUGAAGAUUAUUAUUAUCCGCUGGCUCGCAGACUGUUCAGCCUCGUAAUUACACCCAGGACACAAAAGUCAGUUUAGGUUGACUUCUACACAUUUAUUCCUUUCUUUGCCAGUGACUGUCCUGAGCUGAGGUUUUGCUAUGAUAAGUCUUACUAAUCGGCCCUAUUACAGUUCAUAAUCAUUAAAUAUAAGACAAAUGCUGAAUGCAAGUCAUAACGAGGCAGGGCUUACUAUGUAAAAUUAGAUUUUUGUUUUUAUAUAUAGAAUGUGUUUGUAAAAAGUUUUAUAUUCUGUAACUGUAAGUUUUUUGUUUUUUUUUGCGAAGUUAAAAUGUAAUGCCUCUUUCAGUCGUCCAUGAUGAUAUCCAUGACACAAUGGUCAAUGGGUUCAGCCCUGUAGAUGUCCGUGAUGAAUCCAUGUUUGGUCCAUAUGUUUUUUUUUUGCGUUCUUUGUUAUCAGUGUUCCACGGACACUGCUAGACUGAAAAUUUAAUUUCCAGAGCAUCUCCUAGCAAAAUGGUUUGUGAAUACCAUGAACCAAACACUGGUGGCAUCUGUGUUGUCAGUGGCAUUCACGGACUUAUAGUUUAUAAUGUGAGUGAGGCAUCCAUAGUCAUGGACAAAAAUAAGGCAUGCUUCCUUGGUGGUCCGUGGAAAACCUCUGAUGUGUGAAUACACACCUUAGAGUCAAUGGAUAUGUGAGCGAUCCCUAGAGAACACACACAGCACACGUACAUACUGUAAUUCACUGACGUGUGAAAAGCCUUUCGAAAUGGUCCUUUUUCACAUAUCAUAGUAGCAUACUUAGUUUUAAUCAAUGGGGGUCCAGGUGCUGAGACCAUUGCCAAUCACCAAGGCUAGGUCUACACGGCGACAUUUGUCGCACUAAUGUCGCGUGACAAUUUUUAUAAUGAUAGUCUGGUCUUGCACUGCGACGGGACUGUCGGAAAAAAUCUAUUCGAGAUGGAUUCGCAUUGCAGUACCAUAGACUAUCAUUAUAAAAAUUGUUGCACGACAUUGGUACGACAAAGGGCGCAACUACACUGCAACAUAUCUGUCGCGUGCCUUAUUGUAGUCGUGUAGACCUAGCCUAAAACAUGGAGAGUGGAGCACCGUCCUUGCUUGGAGAAGAUGGGCUCAGUAGAAAGACUGGGUAAGGAGAGUUCGUGGUCAAGUGAGCACUACUGCCUCCAUAUUUUAGUGAUCAGCAGGGGGUACAUGUUUACAUUAUUUUUUUUUGUGAAAUAACAGCAAAACUUACGUUUGGUAACCCUAAAAAUG